UGUAAUAUUUCUUACACAGGCAGAUGAAGCCUAUUCCAUUGGCCCCGCCCCCUCUCAGCAGAGCUACCUCUCUAUGGAGAAAAUCAUCCAAGUGGCCAAAAUCUCUGCUGCACAGGCUAUCCAUCCAGGGUACGGCUUUCUGUCAGAAAACAUGGAAUUUGCUGAACUCUGUAAACAAGAAGGAAUCAUUUUUAUAGGUCCUCCUUCAUCAGCAAUUAGAGACAUGGGUAUAAAGAGCACGUCCAAGGCCCUCAUGGCCGCAGCUGGGGUACCUGUCGUGGAAGGUUACCACGGCGAGGACCAGUCCGAGCAGUGCUUGCGCCAGCACGCGGGGAGGAUCGGCUACCCCGUCAUGAUCAAAGCUGUGCGAGGUGGCGGGGGAAAGGGCAUGAGGAUUGUUAGAUCAGAAAAGGAGUUCCAAGAACAACUGGAAUCCGCGCGGAGAGAAGCUAAGAAGGCUUUCAAUGACGAUGCUGUGCUGAUUGAGAAGUUUGUGGACACACCAAGGCAUGUGGAAGUCCAGGUGUUUGGCGAUCACCAUGGCAACGCAGUGUACCUGUAUGAGCGGGACUGCAGCGUGCAGAGGCGGCAUCAGAAGAUCAUUGAGGAGGCCCCCGCGCCUGGUAUCAAACCUGAAGUAAGAAGAAAGCUGGGAGAGGCUGCCGUCAGAGCUGCUAAAGCUGUGAAUUAUGUUGGAGCAGGCACAGUGGAGUUUAUUAUGGACUCACAGCACAAUUUUUACUUCAUGGAAAUGAAUACAAGACUGCAAGUAGAACAUCCUGUUACUGAGAUGAUCACAGGAACUGACUUGGUGGAGUGGCAGCUUAGGGUUGCAGCAGGAGAGAAGAUUCCUUUGAGCCAGGAAGAAAUCCCUCUGCAGGGCCAUGCCUUUGAGGCUAGGAUAUAUGCCGAAGACCCUAACAAUGACUUUAUGCCGGGGGCCGGACCGCUGGUACACCUCUCUACCCCUCAUGCAGACCUUUCCACUCGGAUUGAAACGGGAGUACGGCAAGGAGACGACGUUUCCGUCCACUAUGACCCCAUGAUCGCAAAGCUGGUCGUGUGGGCUGCGGACCGCCAGGCGGCCCUAACGAAACUGAGGCACAGCCUCCGUCAGUUCAACAUUGUCGGCCUGUGCACCAACGUCGACUUCCUGCUCCACCUGUCUGCGCACCCGGCCUUUGCAGCCGGGGACGUGCACACCGAUUUCAUUCCUCAGCACCACGAGGAGCUGCUGCCCAGCAGGAGGGCAGUGGCCAGUGAGCACCUAUGCCGGGCUGCCCUGGGCCUCGUCCUGCAGGAGAAAGCUGUGACCGAUACUUUCACUCUGCAGACACAAGAUCCAGUCUCUCCGUUUUCAUUCAGCAGCGGAAGAAGACUGAACACCCGAUAUACCAGGAACCUGACUCUUAGAGAUGGUAAAAGAAAUGUGGCUGUAGCUGUAACUUAUAACCAUGACGGGUCCUAUAGCAUGCAGGUCGAAGGCGAGACCUUCCGCGUCCGCGGCGCUCUGCACAGCGAGGGAGGCUGCACCCGCCUGAGCAGCUGUGUGAACGGCGUCGUCAGAAGGGCGAAGCUGGUGACCCUGGGGAGCACCAUGCACCUGUUCUCCACGGAAGGAAGCGUUGUGGUUGAUGUUCCGGUGCCCAAAUACUUGUCUGCAAUGAGCUCAGAAGGAGCUCGGGGAGGCACCGUAGCGCCUAUGACAGGAACCAUCGAGAAGGUGCUUGUGAAAGCUGGAGACAAAGUAAAAGCUGGAGAUUCUCUGAUGAUUAUGAUCGCCAUGAAGAUGGAGCAUACCAUAAAGGCCCCCCAGGACGGCACGAUCAAGAAGGUGCUCUACACGGAAGGGUCGCAGGCCGACAGACACUCUCUCUUAGUGGAAUUCGAGGAGGAGGAGGGAGGUGACGAAAGGGAAGCAGAAUAAACCUCAUCACAGAGACGGCCGCUGGUGCAGAAUCUUCUCCACGCCAAACCGAGAAGGUGCCUCUGGCUUCCCCUCGGCUCUCCUAAACAGCAGCUGUGCUGAACACACGAUCGUGCGCCUGCGCUAGAGCCCUUGCACUUAGAAGAAUCCUGCACUUGGGUCCCAAAUGCGAUACUAAAUUAUCUCAAAAGAUUUCAUACCAAUAAAAUUGAAUUCUACUUUUUUUAUUAUUAGAA